AUGGGUGAUGAUCAACAUCGACAACAGCAGCAGCAGCAAGAGCUUCCCGCCCCAACGACCUACGAUCGCUUCCUCAAACGGCACCAGAAUACAAAUGAAAAACAGUCCCGACUGGCCUUGAACCCGGAGGGCGAAAGCGGGCGACGAGGCUUCCAUCCCGGCCACUUCUUCCGCAUCAACUUUAGGUCGACCAGUCGAGCCAGCACUCUCUGCAAUAUUCUGUGGCCAUUUGUGCCUGCGGCGCUGGCUGUGCGAUAUACCAUGGAGGAGCGACACAUUCUCAUCUUCACGCUGGCGUAUAUCGCCAUGGUUCCGUGCGCCAAUCUCAUUGGCUUUGCUGGGCAGGAACUGGCGCAGAAGCUGCCGCGUGUCAUUGGCAUGUUGACCGAGAUUACCUUGGGCUCCGUGGUCGAGAUUGUGCUGUUCAUCGUCCUGCUGUCCAAGGAUUACUUUAGCGUCAUCAAGGCUGCUAUCCUCGGUUCCAUACUCGCCACGAUGCUGCUGUGUCUCGGAUUCUGCUUCUUUGUUGGUGGUGUCGGCCGUACUGAGCAGACGUUUGGCGGAACCAUCAGCGAGAACGGUCAUGGCCUUCUCUUCCUAGCGGGCGUCUCACUCGCCGUGCCUACCGUCUUUGGCCAGGGCAUCUUCGAGGCCAACCUCAGCAACGUCGAGCUCGAUGAUCGCACCCUCCAGAUCUCCCGCAUCAUCUCCGUCCUCCUCAUCAUCGCCUAUGCCGCCUACCUCUUCUUCACUGUGACCACCCACCACGGCCUCUACGACGCCCAAUUCGCCUACGACGAGCACCGCGACGCCGACAAGCACGAGGACGCGCAAAAGGCCAAGCUCACCAUGACCGAAUGCAUCAUCUCUCUCCUCAUCGCCAUCCCGCUCGUCGCCAUCAUCGCCAUCACCCUCGUGCUGCAGAUCGAGCACGUCAUCGAGGUCUCCAACGUGAGCGACGCCUUUAUGGGCCUCAUCCUCGUGCCCCUCGUCGAGAAGUUUGCCGAGCACCUGACCGCCAUUGACGAGGCGUUCGACAACCAGAUGAACCUCGCGCUGUCGCAUGUCCUGGGGGCCACGAUUCAGACCACGUUGUUCAAUGCACCGCUGACGGUGGUCGUUGCCUGGGGCCUGGGCAAACAGAUGGAUCUCAACUUUGACAUUUUCAACCUCGUCAUGCUGAUCUUGUCUAUUCUUACUGUCGGGAGGUUCCUGCAGGACGGUAAGAGCAAUUAUCUCGAGGGGCUGUUGCUGGUCUUGCUGUACAUUGCCGUUGCUGUGUCGGCUUGGUACUACCCCAAUCCGACGGAAGGGCACUGA